UUUAUUAGCAUAUCAGCCUAUACCGCGGCUUGAUGGAGUAGGGCAGAUGACCGCUGCAUGCCUAGGGCUACCUAUUGUCUAUGCAAGUGUCAAAUAUAUUCCAAGGCAAACAAUGAACUUCAAUUACGAGUUUGUGAAAACAGAUCUGGACGAAACAAAGGGGCCCGAGCUUGGAUUAACAUUAACAGACGCCAUCAAAACGAACCCGCUAGACGAGACUGACGAACACGAAAAAAAAAGAAUAAAUGAUACGCUGCUUCGAAGAAAACAAAUAUGGCGACUCGCGUACCAGCCGGCAAAAAAGUACAGAAUUUGACUGUCGUGGACGCGGUUCCGUGGCCGUGUGUGGCUGGCCCGCCAGUGGUGGAAAAAGAUCCAAGGCUUUGGAAGGCGCCCAAACUAGACAUGAAUACGUCCCUCGCAUUCUUACGACGUGAACUUGCGGCCAUGCAGCUCCAAGACCGUGCCCUCCACAAACAAUUACUCGCCCUGCACUCGGGUAUUUGCAACAUGAAGGCCGAUCUCAAGGAAUUGUGGGAAAACGAAAUUCAUCAUCAGACAGAGACGAGCACGUCACGUGUUCAACACGUGAGCUCACACGUGAACACCGACCCUGAGGCUCCUAGAACACAGGUAGUGCACGCUAAGGAAGAUUCGGGAAUUUUAACGGAUGAAGAAAGAGACGAUGAAUCUAAGGACAAAGAUAAAACGGAUGGUUCAGCGGUUACUGUAUUACGCGCCAAAAGCGUGUCAAUGCAGAAUUUAACAAACAGUAAAAGUGACUUCAACAAUAAUUUUCGGAGAAAAAAAAUCACUGAUUUCUAUGGUUUUCAUCUCAGCAAGCCACGUGAGAGAUCAAUGACAUACUCGGAAGGAGUAACUAGCUUGACUAACCGUUUUACCAGCAUGCCAGUUAUCAACGAGCUACCAGCGGAUGAGAAACGGAACAUUAAAAACGGCAAGGCGUUUGCGGUUUACGGGUAUAAAAAAGGAAUUUCUGACAAGCGUAUGGAGAAUUCUGGGAAAACUAAAGACAAUCUAAAAGUUGUACAGAUAAAUAACGGGAAAAGGCUACCUGUGGUGUUCGGUAAACUUGUGCGACACGAGAGCAUGCCGGUCAUGGCUGAAGACCGUAGCGCCAAUCAUCGCAGGGCGAACUCAGCACGCUCGAGGUUGGUCAGCAGUGUUAAAGUCAGAGAUGAGCGUGAAAAGCCGGUUUUAUCCAGAGCAAGGAGUCAGCUCGACUUGCGACCAAAGGACUGGGACGAGCCCGAUUACCGCCACAUGACCCCUUACACUAUAUAUCGUAGCGCCAGUCAAAUAUCUCUUGUCUAAAUACUUAUAAGUGGCUAUCCGUGUAAGAAUUACGAUGAAUUGAUAGGCUCUGCGUCAAUUUAGGUUCUUCACCUACUUAUCAUGACCUAACAUGAGCUAACAAUGCUGACUGGAGGGAGGUUGGCGCUAUUUGCACGGGGCUUUAAUCACAUGGUUCAUUGUACUAUAUACCGAGCAGCUAGUCAAAUAACAAUCGCCUAGAAAGUAAGGAACGUGCAGCCUAGUACAAGGUGUUCUUACUCGGGUUUCUGAUAUUGGGUUUCCUGUUGUUGGAGAGAGUCAUGACGCCACAGGAAACUCCCAGCACUCACAACCAACCAUAGGAAUCCAAAUCGCGGACCAUGGACUUGAAUAAGGAUAAUGGUUUCUGGAAUUAUGCAAAUCUUUACAUUUGGAGCUCUUUACAAUGGAGCUGCUAAACUUCUUUCUAUAAAAAAUAUUUUUGCGUCCGAGAAUUACCGUAAUGACUCGAAUAAACGCCCUAGCCCUUAUUUAAUUUUUCAGGUUUUUUUGGGGGAGGUCUUAUAUUAUUUCGGCGAAAAAUACCAGCUUCUGAAUCGUAUGAGAACUAAAUUUUGUACUCGUAUGGUUAUAGAAGUUGAAGUGAUGAUAAGUAGACCCGUGUUGUAAUAUGUGAGGGUGUCAAUGGGAGCUAAAUAUAAUCAGUUAAGAUUUUCACCAUUCAAGUAAGGCUUUUGUUGGGAUGUUUUUAGUGGGAGGGGAGGGAGUACUUAUUCCAAAAUUUGGGGUCGAGAAUGGGCGCUUAUUUAAAGGAGGGCGCUUAUUCGAAUCAUUACGGUAUAUCGUACAAAAAUAUGGAAUGGGCAGUUUUCGGUACUAUUUAUUGCAAAAGUUAGGUUUUAUUUUUCAGAUUUGGCAAACGCUUUGACGUUAAGCAGUAUCUAUAGUUGAAUAUUUUUUAAGAGAUUUGUAGUUUUUGGUCAUUCAUAUUUUAUCCCAACACUGACGAUAAUAUACAGCAACACUAUCUCCAUACUAUUUCCCCCUUGCCCGUUAAUAUAAAGUGUACACUUCUAACAGAAGGAUCGUCAAAUUCUUUAUUUCAUGAUAUUGAUAAUCCUGGGUACGCGCCCUGGAUAUGUAAUGGCCCAAGAGCACCUAACGCUAUUUCUCUUUGUCGAUAAAGGGCAACGAUUUGCUAGACGAUUUGCCGAUACUAAUAAAUCCGAAUUUUAGUCUUUUUUACUGUCAA